GUUGAAUGGAAAUGUUCGUCGGCUACUAGGCCCAGUACUACAUUUAUAGUAGCCAUAUCUACUACCUAUGCUUCAUUAUCUUAUAUAUGUGUCUUGUAAUGGAGUUUUGAGAGAGUCGAGCACUUAAGUAAUGGCUACAAAGACAUCAAAUUUAGGUCAUCUUCUUCUGUCUUUGUUUAUUCUGCUCUUGUUUAUCUUAUCUCAAGUUGGAGUCGCCCAGGCCAAACGUCUCCAACAAAGGAACAAAUUGCGUUUGGAUUGCGUUCCUCUUCCUCCUCCCCCUCCACCUCUCCGUGGCAUCGUCAAACCUCCUAUCGCUUCGUUUCACUCUGCAUCGCCUAAAGAUAAAGGCCCAUAAGCCAUAAGUCAUCAUAGUGCAGGAUAAGAGGUCAAGAGAGUUUUAUAAGUAUUUUGUUAUACAAAACCAUGUUGUAUCAUAUUUUUUAUUUAUAGUUAAGGUUUUUUUUUCGUGUCUACAACACAUGUACACACACAAUCAGACGUAUAUCUAGAAUAAAAUAAAAAAGCUAUAUCACUACGGGACUACAACUUCUAGUCAUGAUAUCCUUUAACAAAAUAACAAGCCUCUAGUCCUUUAUUUUUCGGUUUUUAAAAAUAAAUUUUUGAUAUUUUUGAACGUUCAAUUAUCAAGAGUUCAAGACUAUACUCCUGAAAUCUACUAAUUUUUUUGUUUAAUUGUUUUAAACAUAUGUUUGAG